CUUGCCCGGACUGCUGCUCCUGGGGAAAGAGCCUACAUCCCAGCAGCAAUGAUUUUUUGGCAAGAAAUACAAGAAGGUCUUUACGGCAAUGAAGAGGCAUGUGCUGGUGCCUAAGGGUGAGAUAGUCGAUGAGGGAUUGGCAGCUGUCAGGAAGUGGAAGGAUCAUCAAGAGCAGUCCAGUGUCAGAGGCGGACCAAACGUUCUGCUUCAUUCUGCCCAUGCUGUCGUGUAUCAUGAACAAUCCGGAUCAUUGACUGCCACGACUCCGACAACUGGAUCCAUAUUUGCGCAACUUCGCAAGGGACUCGAUGUCCCUCCCAAGCAUCUGGACCUUAUCGUGAAGCGCAAAGAAACUGUCGACAUCAGCUUUGGCGAGGUUUCGUACACAAAGGACUUCAAUAAGGACCAAGGAGAUCUCUGCCGUUUGGCUAUUUGGUCCAAGCGUGCUCUCGGUCAUUUGCAAGCGGAGUACGAAGAACUAGAAAAUCCCCAGCUUGUAUUUUUCCACACUGUGUCGACAAAGUGCACCAUCUAUCAAUCUAUCAAAUGCGGCGGUUCGGGACGAUCUGCAUUGGUAUUGAGGUCAAUAGAUUAGAAACCGUUCAGGAUCUUGUUGGACUGAUUUCCUUCGAGGAUCAAGUAUUUGUAUAGUUGAGUCUCGAAAAGCCCUUUACACGGCUACUGGAGCUCAUGAAGGCUGCUGAGAAGAGGGUGAAUAUGUCCACAUUGCCUCCAUACUAUUAUGGUUUGUCGACGCCCUCUGCCAGGGAGAUGCCAUAGCAAUAAAGUAGGCUGGACGCAAAAAGUUAUAUGAAUGUCUGAUUGUCGUAAACCUAUGCUUAUUCAGAGUUAAAAUGAUCUUUUCUAAGCAAGGCUGAA